GUGACCAUAGUCUGUGGUAGUCAUGGUCGUCGUGAUCGGUCGUGAUGUCGUGAUCGUCGUGAUAGAGAUCUUUGGUAGUGACGGUAGUGACCGCGACUGUAGAACGCUGUAGAGACCAGAAGACGUGGUGGAGAUUGCAGAGCUGUUGAGAGAAUUUGGCGCGUUUGGACUAUGUUUUCGGCGUAAUAGUAUUGGUAACUUCGCUGUUAACAGCCCCUGUUUUAAUGUGUGAAAAUAGCAACCGCGUUACCAAAUUGACAAGCACGCACAGAAGUGUUGACGGAAAGAAACUGUGGUUAGACAUAAUCAGUCAUGAUUCCUCGAAUUUGUGCUUUGAAUUUACAGUAAAAAAUGUGUCGGUAUUCUUCACUGGGAAAAAAUUUGUUUUCAGUGUCUUUGUAAUAGUUUCGCUUUUAGCAGCAUUAGACAUUCAUAACCCGAAUUUGUAUGUUGUAGUUGUCCUUAUAUUUGUAAUUGGACGUCUGAUCGCCGAACUCCUGUGGAGUGUGAACAGUGAGUCUGUACUCCUUGUAGCUCCAGUAGGACUCCAGCUUACAGCCACAUAUCAAUUUGGACGUCAGACAUCACAGUUUAUACCUUGGCAUUUCAUCACAGAUGUCAUUAUCAAUGAAGCUAUAACUCUGCACAGAGUGGUGUAUUAUCUUGCGGUUUUAUUGGAGCAACCAUAUCAUGAAACCACCAGAAAGAAACUGAUUCCACUCUUUCAGCAUACAAGACCCCGCCUAGCAUGCCUGGAGAUGAUCUAUCAGAGAAUUCAGAGAGGUGCUGCUUUCCCAGAAGUCAGUAGUCAGUAGAGCCAAGAGAGAAGUUG